UGCGUCUAUUUCAACUUCCAGCCUGACAGAAUUUGUUUUUUUUUUUUUUUUUUUGUGUGUGUGUGUGUGUGUGUAACCAUGCCUACACAGUGGCUGCCAAGGCUUACCCAUGAGUUAAACCUUUAGUUGGUAAUGAGGAAGGUGUGGGCUCUAGCAGUGGACACCCGAAGGCAGCAGUGGGUGAAAACAAGCAAAAUAAAGAAAAGUUUGGCUGUGAGAAGGUGCUAGACAGCCAGCCAUAGUGACGAGGAGGCAGGAAGAUAGAUCACCAUCACAGGCAAGUGAGAGAUGGGGAGGAGGAUUUAAAAGGACAUGUUUGCAGUGCGCUGUCAGCCCUCACCUGCGCCGCCUCCCCCAGUGAGCGGGUGUAGGGAAUAGAACAUAUGCAGACGUCUUGGCAGUGCUGUGUAUGUCUGUUUGUCGAUGGUCAAGAAGGAACGUAGCAAAAGUUUAAGGUGGCCCAACAUGUAAGCAUCGGUGGGCAUGAAGGCAGGUUCAAGGUCGCCGCCCUACAUGUCAAAGCGGCAAAUGAAGUUCUUCACAGCUGUGAUAUUAGUGUUGGUGUUUGGUGUUCUCCUCACUGCUCUCAAUGUCUAUGAACUGCAUCGCCUCACGAAGGAACAGAGAGCCACUGCUCACACACACGCUGAGGGUGUGGCUGCAGCAGAGGCUUUGGGUGAAAACCACUAUGCCCGCCCCGUGGCCUGGGUGAGAGGCAACAACAAAGGCUCUGGCUACCUCACCCAUGUCACCAAUGUCCUGCACAGACUGGGCUAUGACUUGGCUGAGGACAGGGAAGACUGGGAUUUCCUCUGGUCCCACAACUAUCCUUUCCGGGAGCUGAAGCAGACCAUGAUGAAGCUGAAGCCCCACCAGAGGGUGAACCACUUCCCGGGGUCAGGCUUCAUAACCAACAAAGUUAACUUGGCCGUUUCAGGCUUGCCACACAUACCACGAGCUUUCAGGAUGCCAGCAGAGAAAGCAGAACUCCUUGCUCAUGCCAAGAAGAAUCCAGAAAUGAUGUUUGUGCAAAAGUCUAACAACCAUCGAGGAAUAAAGAUUGAAAAACUGGAUGCCCUUGACCUAGGAGCUGAGGGGUCUUUUGUGCAGGAGUUUGUGCACAACCCCUUGUUGGUGGAUGGGUACAAGUUUGACAUUGGAGUGUACACCAUUGUCACUUCCAUAGAACCACUCAGAGUGUACAUCUUUGAGGGAGAUGUUCUCUUCAGGUUUUGUCCCGACAAGUACCAUCCAUUUGAUCCUGAAGUGCAGGACAAGUAUGUGGUCGGGGAUGACUACCUGCCAACAUGGAAGGUUCCCUCUCUUGGCCCCUACUACAAUGACUUUGGCUUUGGCAUGAAGGGUUCCUUUGAUGCCUGGCUCAGAGCUCAGGAUAAGAACCCCAACUUGGUGUGGGACUCAGUCCGGAGUGCCAUCCGCAGUGUGUUUUAUGACAAGGAGCCUGCACUUGUCCAGGCCACAUCUUACUAUCCAAGCUCCAAAAACUUUUUUGAAAUGAUGCGAUUUGAUUUUGUGAUUGAUGAUGACCUCAAAGUACACCUUAUGGAAGCAAACAUGUCUCCCAACCUUUCAUCAGCUCACUUCAAGCAGAAUCGUCUGUUGUACGAACAGGUGGUGUAUAAUCUGCUGUCUUUGGUAGGUAUUGGUCGAGCUGUGCACUCACCCAGCCUUGCCACACGCUCCAUUGAUGAAGACGAGAUGCAAGCAGCUGUCAAAGAUGUUGUAGUGUUUGCUGAUCACUGUUCCGUCAAUUGUAAAAGUGGAUCUAGUGCAUGCAGCAAAAUUGAGUGCCAGCUGUGUUUACCAUGUCUUUCAGAAGAUCAGAAAGCAAACUUUCUACAGGCCUAUCUGGAACAUCAGCGAAGAGGUGGAUGUCGCCGUGUGGUUCCCCAACCUGUCCCACUCGAUAAGGCCCACAGUGCUGCCGACAUGGAGACACUCACACCAGAAAACACCCUCAUGACAGAGUGGUUCCGUGGCAUGUGCCUCAAUGACCCCUCAUUUUGCUCUUAGUGCCGUCCUGCUAGUGUACAAUAGAAGCCAUGCUUACCAGCAUGGGGAAUGCAGUUAAGGAGUAUAAUAAUGAAAAAUCAUAAAUUUUGAAUAACUCCCACAAACUCUUAAAGUAAUAGGUAUUUUUAAAGUCAUUGUUAUUACUUUUUUUGCUGAAAGUUGACUGUUUCAACACAUGUAAUAUAGUAUUUGUAAUAUGUUAAAAAUAUUUUAGAUCUUUCAGUCAG